CAAAACUCCACCUAUAAUAAAGCGUUCAAUAGUCGUAAUUUGUCCUGAGGGGCCGUUUCCCGUAUUUUUCUCCCCACGUGCCCCCACUAUGCAGAUUGCAGUGUAGAAGGCGGGUCAGAGCGUCAGUGUGGGAGAAAUCCUGGGGCCCAUCAUCAGUUGCGCUGAGUGAGUCGAGCUGCGAGAUGCGCGUUCACUGAGCCGGGGGAAGGAGGACCGCUGCCUUCCCUUCGCCGCGCCUCACUUAUAAUAACCUCCUCAUCACCAGCAUCAGCAUCUCAGCGCCCUGGGCAGACGAUAAUUAAAAAACACCGCGGUUUCACGAUGGAAUUUUGAUGUGGAUUAUUAUAAUUUCUUAUAAUUUAUACAAUAGGCGUUAUACGUCCGGGAUCAUCGCUCUGCACGAAAAGGUCUGACGCUGCUGAUCAUAACAUGGGGCACGGAACUGGACAAACGAUGAAGGUUACGUGCUUCAAUCCAGGAAGUCGACUUAAGGAAAAAAUUCAAGAGGCAUCUCUGAAUCACUGACAAAAUACACUGAGGAUCAACGUUCAUCUCAGCACUUUCCCCCAUCCACUUUAUGUGGAAAGUGGAUAUUUUCCGCAUAUAUCUCUGCACAGACUUGCCUGGGAAGAUUAGAUUUUGCCCAUUAUCACCAUUAGCUCUGCCUCAGAAAUAAUAAAAAAAUAAUAGUAAUGGAUUUUGCAUACUCUGCAUGGGUGUAAAAAUAUUUAUGUGGAAUAUAACCUUCAGCAGAUAAAUCCUGGAACACAGCCAUAAUCAGAUGUUAUUAGCACUCUGAGGAUCUAUCUCCAGUUCUAACCCUUCUGGUACAACCUGUUAUUCUCCACCAUGAAUCCCAUCAGCCUGCCUGGACGUGUCCUUUUGCUCCUAAGUACUGUGCUGGGCCUGAGUGUCGCCUUGGAGUUCACUGGCUCUGAAGGUCAGUGGGCUCGCUACUUGCGCUGGGACGCCAGCUCCAGAAGUGACCUGACAUUUCAGUUCAAGACUUCAGAAUCCAAAGGCCUGGUGCUCUACUUCGACGACGGUGGGUUUUGCGACUUCCUGCUCCUCGCCGUGUCUGAGGGCAAGCUGCAGCUCCGCGUCAGCAUCGACUGCGCCGAGACCACCAUCGCCUCGGAUAAAAUGAUCAACGACAGCCGCUGGCACUUCGCGGCCAUCAACAGGCACAACUUGAGGACUGGCUUGGCUGUGGAUGGCCAGACCAAGAUGGAGGAAGUGCGGCCCCAGCGGCAGUUCAUGAAGAUCGUGAGCGACCUCUUCCUCGGAGGGCUCCCGGGGGACAUCCGCACAUCCGCGAUCACCAUGCCCUCUGUCCGCGAGCUGCCACCUUUCAAGGGAAUUAUCACAGAUCUCAGUUAUGGAAGUAAGCUACCCACACUCAUCAACAGUCAGAAAGUACGCCUGGAGAUGAUGGGCCUUUGCACAGACAACCCCUGUGAGAAUGGCGGGAUCUGCUCCUUAGCAGAUGGAGAAACCUACUGUGACUGCUCCAGAACUGGAUAUGUAGGUCGAUACUGCACCGAAGCUGUGCAGAGAAAACCAGGCCUCGCACACCUGAAGGCAGAGCAAGGUAGAAACAAAGCUCGGGAGGAAAACGUGGCCACCUUCCGCGGCUCCGAGUACUUCUGCUACGACCUGUCGCAGAACCCCAUCCAGAGCAGCAGCGACGAGAUCACGCUGUCCUUCAAGACCUGGCAACGCAACGGCCUCCUGCUCCACACAGGGAAGUCGGCGGACUACGUCAACCUGGCGCUCAAAGACGGCGCCGUUUCGCUCGUCAUCAAUCUGGGUUCCGGGGCCUUUGAGGCCAUCGUGGAGCCAGUCAAUGGGAAAUUUAAUGACAACACCUGGCAUGACAUCAAAGUGACACGCAACCUGAGACAGCAAUCAGGCAUUGGACACGCUAUGGUAAACAAACUACAUUGUCUGGUCACUAUCUCGGUGGAUGGGAUCCUCACCACUACGGGCUACACCCAGGAAGACUACACCAUGCUGGGUUCCGAUGAUUUUUUCUACGUGGGUGGUAGCCCCAGCACCGCAGACCUGCCGGGAUCUCCAGUUAGCAACAAUUUCAUGGGAUGCCUUAAAGAGGUGGUUUACAAGAACAACGACAUCCGCCUGGAGCUGUCCCGCCUCGCUCGCAUAGUGGACCCCAAGAUGAAGCUCCAGGGUGACGUGGUGUUCAAAUGUGAGGCCGUUCCCACCCUGGACCCCAUCAACUUUGAAACCCCCGAUUCCUACCUGGCCCUGCCCAAAUGGAACACCAAGCGGGUGGGCUCCAUCUCCUUCGACUUCCGCACGUCCGAGCCCAACGGCCUGAUCCUCUUCACCCACGGGAAGCCCCAGGACCGACGGGAUGCCAAGGGCCAGAAGAACAACAAGGUAGAUUUCUUUGCAGUGGAGCUGCUCGACGGAGGGCUGUACCUGCUGCUGGAUAUGGGCUCUGGCACCAUCAAGGUCAAGGCCACGCAGGCGAAGGUGAAUGACGGCUCCUGGCACCACGUGGACAUCCAGAGAGACGGCCGCUCAGGCAUCAUCUCCGUAAACAGCCAGCGGACCUCUUUUACAGCCAGCGGGGAAAAUGAGAUCCUGGACCUGGAGGGCGACCUGUAUCUAGGCGGCCUGCCUGAUAACCGGGUGGGCCUUGUGCUCCCGACCGAGCUCUGGACCGCUAUGCUCAACUACGGCUACGUGGGCUGCGUGCGGGAUCUGUUCAUCGACGGCCGCAGCAAGGACAUCCGGCAGAUCGCCCAGUCCCAGAACGUGACUGGCAUCAACCCUCAGUGCAACAAGGUGACGGGGAAGCAGUGCGACAGCAGCCCCUGCAAGAACAACGGGGCGUGCAAGGAGGGAUGGAACCGCUUCGUCUGCGACUGCACUGGAACCGGCUUCUGGGAUAGCACCUGUGAGAGAGAGUCCUCCAUCCUGUCCUACGACGGCAGCAUGUACAUGAAGGUGGUGAUGCCCAACGCCAUGCACACGGAGGCGGAGGACGUGUCCCUGCGCUUCAUGUCCCAGCGGGCGUUCGGCCUGCUCAUGGCCGCCACGUCGCGAGAGUCCGCCGACACGCUAAGGCUGGAGCUGGACAGCGGGCGGGUCAAGCUGACGGUCAACCUAGACUGUGUCAGGAUAAACUGUAACACCAGCAAAGGCCCGGAGGUUCUUUACGCCGGACAAAAGCUCAACGACAACGAGUGGCACUCGGUGCGAGUGGUCCGCCGCGGUAAGAACUUCAAGCUCACCGUGGAUGAGGACAUGGCCGAAGGUCAGAUGGCGGGUGACCACACGCGUCUGGAAUUCAAUAACGUAGAGACAGGAAUCUUGACGGAGAGACGCUUCGUCUCAUCGGCUCCUUCCUCCUACAUAGGACACCUCCAGAGCCUGAAGUUCAACGGGAUGCAGUACAUCGACAUGUGCAAGAACGGCGACAUCGACUUCUGUGAGCUCAACGCCCGCUUCGGCAUGCGCUUCAUCAUCGCCGACCCCGUGACCUUCAAGACCAAGGGCAGCUACCUGGGCCUGGCCACGCUGCAGGCCUACACCACCAUGCACCUCUUCUUUCAGUUCAAAACCAACUCGCCCGACGGCUUCAUAAUCUUCAACAGCGGGGAUGGAAACGACUUCAUUGCUGUGGAGCUCGUCAAAGGCUUCAUCCACUAUGUGUUCGACCUGGGCAACGGGCCGAGCCUUUUGAAGGGGAACAGCGACAACCCGCUGAACGACAACCAGUGGCACAACGUGGUGAUCACGCGCGACGCCUCCAACACUCACACGCUCAAGGUGGACUCCAAGUCCGUCACACAGAACGUCAACGGGGCCAAGAACCUUGACCUCAAAGGCGACCUGUUUAUCGGAGGUCUGGGCCCCAACAUGUACCAGAAACUCCCUAAGCUGGUGGUUUCUCGGGAGGGCUUCCAGGGCUGCUUGGCCUCGCUUGACCUCAACGGCCGCCUGCCAGACCUAAUCAACGAUGCCCUUUUCCGCAGCGGGCAGAUUGAGCGCGGCUGUGAAGUUGGUUUCACCAAAGCUGACCUGCAAGGCCCGAGCACCACCUGCCAGGAGGACUCGUGCGCCAACAUGGGCGUCUGCAUCCAGCAGUGGGAGAACUUCACCUGCGACUGCUCCAUGACGUCGUACACGGGCGCCCACUGCAACGACCCUGGCACCACCUACAUCUUUGGUAAAGGAGGCGGUCUGAUCACGUACACGUGGCCCAACAACGAGCGGCCGAGCACGCGGACGGACAGGCUGGCCGUGGGCUUCAGCACCACCAUCAAGGACGGCAUCCUGGUCCGCAUCGACAGUGCUCCACGUCUGGGCGACUACAUCAUGCUCCACAUCGAACAAGGCAAAAUCGGUGUGACGUUCAACAUUGGGACAGUUGACAUCAGUGUUAAGGAGACGAGCACAGCAGUAAAUGACGGCAAGUACCAUUUGGUCCGAUUCACCAGAAAUGGAGGCAACGCCACUUUGCAGGUGGACAACUGGCCGGCCAACGAGCACUUCCCUGCAGGCAACAGCGACAUUGAGCGCUAUCAAAUGGCAAAUAAGAAAAUCCCGUUCAAAUAUACCCGGCCAGUAGAAGAUUGGCUUCAGGAGAAAGGCCGCCAGCUGACAAUCUUCAACACCCAGGCCACCAUCUCCAUCGGCGGCAACGACCGCAAGCGGCCCUACCAGGGCCAGCUGUCCGGCCUCUACUACAACGGCCUCAAGGUCCUCAACAUGGCCGCCGAGGGCCACGCCAACAUCAAGGUGAACGGCAGCGUGCGGCUGGUGGGCGACGUGCCGGCCAGCAGGGGGGCGGCGCGCACCACCACCUCGGUGCCGCCGGAGAUGUCCACCACCUUCAUCGAGACCACCACCACCCUGUCGACCACCACCACCCGGAAGCACCGCUCCACGCCGACCAUACAGACGACGGAUGACAUAGUUUCGUCGGCGGAGUGCUCCAGCGACGACGAGGACCUGGAGGAAUGCGACUCCGGACACGCAGGAGGGGAGCUAGUGAUCCCCGUGCUAGUCGAGGACCCCAUAGACAUCCCUUCUGUAUCCACUCGUUCUCCCUUCAUUCCCCUCCCCCCAACCCUCCGCCCCGUCCUCACCAUUAUUGAGACCACCAAAGAAUCCUUGGCCAUGGCCACUGAGGCGGGGGUACCUUGCUUGUCGGACCGAGGCAGCGAUGAUUGUGAUGAUGGUGAUGGUGGUGAUGAUGGUGAUGGUGAUGAUGAUGAUGAUGGCAUGGUGAUUUCGGGGUUUGGCUCUGGCGAAGCUUUCGACUCUAGCCUGCCCCCGACUGACGAUGAAGAUUUUUACACCACCUUCUCCCUGGUAACAGAUAAGAUCUUGACCACAUCGGCCUAUGAAGGCGGCUACAAAGCCCUCGCGCCCAAGUGGGAGGCCAAGGACUUGAGGCCUAGCAAAGCCUCUGAGGCAGGUAGGACUACACCCACCUCGCCUCUGCCCGACCCCCGGGGCACGCCGGCGGCGGCGGUCCCCUCGGACACGCCCCCCAAGCUGCCCGCCGGGAAAAUGAACAACCGCGAGGUAAAACCCCCGCAGCCGGACAUAGUCCUGCUGCCGCUGCCCACGUCCGUGGAUCUGGACGGCACCAAGCCGCGGGGCCCCUUCAUCACCUCGCCCAUGCUGCGCACGGUGCCCGCCGCCCUGCCCACCGUGCCGGGCGUGGUGCGGCGGGUGCCCCCCGGGGCCUCGGAGGUGGUCCGGGAGUCCAGCAGCACCACGGGCAUGGUGGUGGGCAUCGUCUCGGCCGCCGCCCUCUGCAUCCUCAUCCUCCUCUACGCCAUGUACAAGUACAGGAACAGGGACGAGGGCUCCUACCAGGUGGACGAGACGCGCAACUACAUCAGCAACUCGGCGCAAACCAACGGCGCCGUGGUGAAGGAUAAAGUGCCCAGUGGCGGCGCCAAAGGCAGCGCGGGUAGCAAGAGACCGAAAGACAAGGACAAGGAGUACUAUGUAUAGAAGUCAAGUCAUUUCCCAACGUCUAAAAAAUGAAACUGUUUGGAGAAACAUUUUGACAGUACCAUAUUGGCAACUGUGAUUGAAAAAUGAUCCAGUCUCUUGAGAACUCAAGACUUAGUGAGUCACUGACACACUGACUAAAGACCUUGGCUUAUGGAAGCACACUUACUAUUGUAAGCAUUACAGAGAGACAAUGCAGUUGGACUUCGCCGGGACUCAGCGAGGACCUUUUUGACGAGUCCCGGCCGGAGACGCUCAGCUGCGUGAACAACACCACCACGACACGCACCCGGCCCCGAGUGUCUGUCGGGAGGCGCGUGGUCCGACCUUGUCCAUUGUAACCCUGUAAAAUACGAUCACUGUCAUUUCGGCCAUUCUGAGCAUGCAUGUGAGGUGUAUGUGACGUGGUGCUGGCAUCUGUGUAAGUGAGGGACCUCAAGAAACUAUGAUUGUCGGGCAAGUUGGAAGUCAGAAAAUGAUUUCGCAUUGAGCAGUUUCAUUCAAUGUAGCUGUCAUGGAUGCGAUAUGAGGUAAAGUAUAUGUGUACUUACUGUUUGUUUAGUUUCUGUUUUUGUUUGUUUUUUUAUUUAUUCGUUGAAUUCAGGCCUUUUAUUUUGAAGGAUGAUGUCCAGUCGGGCUUGAUUAGGCCACGCUCAGUGUCCGCUCAGCAGGAUGUGAUACAGUAAUGUAUCUCAAUAUUUUUCUCCCCCCUCCCUCGUGUCUCUCUUAAGGAUUGGAGUAUCCGAGUCUUAGACGGUGUCCAAGCGUGCAAAAGUGGCUCCGCCAGGCAAAUUGCACAAUAUAUUGUUAUUUUUCAGAAAUUCGACCCUCUGACAGCAUUUUCCUUUUGUUUCAUUUCAGGUUGUCAGGGUUUUUUUUUUUUGUUUUUCACAUGUCAUGGGAUGCUGCGGUAAAAUGCAUAACAAUUUGCAUCUGGUGGAUAUUUAAUUGUAAUCUUAAAAUGAAAAAAACAACAACAACCACAAGCUAAAGACUUACUCCAGUGUGAACAAGUGUGAUUCUAUCUGUGUCACAGACGACUGUGUCAAAAACAGCAAAUAUGUUUACAUAUUUUAUUACAUCAUAGCCGUUGUGCUUUGCAGGUCAAUAUUGUACAGACGAUUCAAGGUUCUGUUCAAUUUUCUAAAUCCUCUUCUUGUAUAGACAGACCGUUUGAUUAGACUUUUCUGCUGUAGCAACAUGACAACAAGAACCGUUUGUAUUCUUUUGCCGGGAACUGGAGAUAAAGGAAAACGAUAAGCACAGGAGCAUUUGUUGAGGCGGGAGCAAAUGUUGUUAGAUUAGACGUCUGGUCUCUCUAGAUGCUGUUUCUCUUCAGUCGCAUGAAUAUUUGACCACGGGAAGCUGUCAGUCGAACAGGAAGCACCUCCCUCAGAUCUUGUAUUAGAGACCCCUUCAUGUUCUGGAAUUACUUUCAUCAUGUUAUUUAUUUUUUUAUUGGAAAUUUAAAAAACAGAACAACAGAAUAAAUACGGACUGUGAUGGAUUUGGA